AAGGGAGUCUCCGAUGCGUCGCUAGUGGGCGCUCCGGGCAGAGGCCGGCCAUGUUGAGGCGGGAAGGCCCUACCGCCUCCUGGUGGCCACGCUGUGCGGCGGCACGGCGGAUCCCCGCGCGCCCACCGAGCGUUCUGACUCGAGACCCUCCUCAGGAAACCACGCAGCUGGGUCGCCUACGUCAACGGUCGGGACCCCAUGGUCGCCCUCUGCCCCUGUUCGCCCCUCAGGCUCUCGAGCCCAGCCCCUGCCCGCCUCACAGAAUGCAGCCCUUAGGCCUCAAGAGUCCCCACGCGCUUGGCCAGCGGCCUCUGCUAUCGUUGCUGCUCCUGCUGUGGCUGCUGCUGAGGCCAGUAACCUGCGCCCAGACCACCCUAGGCGCCCGCAGCGCCCGGACCAUGCGGGGAAUCCCUAGUGCCUCAACCAGGCCAGACAGGGCCCCUAUAGCGCCAGGCACCCCGGGAGUCCCGAGUCUGCAGAAACGCGCAAGGGCCCUGAUGCGGGACUUCCCGCUUGUGGAUGGCCACAACCACCUGCCCUCACUCCUGAAACAGUUUUACAAGAACAAGCUACAAGGUGUUAACCUGCGCAAUUUGAGUCUUGGCCAGACCAGCCUGGACAAGCUUAGGGAUGGCCUCGUGGGUGCACAGUUCUGGUCAGCCUAUGCCCCAUGCCAGACCCAGGACCAGGAUGCCGUGCGCCUCACAUUGGAGCAGAUUGACCUCAUUCGUCGCAUGUGUGCCUCCUACUCUGAACUGGAGCUUGUGACCUCAGCCAAAGGACUGAGCAGCACUCAAAAGCUGGCCUGCCUUAUUGGCGUGGAAGGUGGUCACUCACUGGACAGCAGCCUCUCUGUGCUCCGAAGUUUCUACCUGCUGGGAGUACGCUACCUGACACUCACAUUUACCUGCAGCACACCCUGGGCAGAGAGUUCCACCAAGUUUCAACACCACUUCUACACCAACAUCAGUGGGUUGACAAGCUUUGGUGAGAAGGUGAUAGGGGAAAUGAACCGCCUGGGCAUGAUGGUGGACUUGUCCUAUGGGUCGGACAUCUUGGUGCGGCAAGCCCUGAAGGUGUCAAGGGCCCCUGUGAUCUUCUCCCACUCAGCUGCCAGGGCUGUGUGUGACAAUAUGCUUAAUGUUCCUGAUGACAUCCUGCAACUUCUGAAGAAGAAUGGUGGCAUUGUGAUGGUGUCACUGUCCAUGGGGGUGCUGCAGUGUAACCUGUUUGCUAAUGUGUCCACGGUGGCAGAUCACUUUGACCACAUCAGGGCAGUAAUUGGAUCUGAGCACAUUGGGAUUAGUGGAAAUUAUGAUGGAUCUGGCCGGUUCCCACAGGGGCUGGAGGACGUGUCCACAUACCCAGUACUGGUAGAGGAGCUGCUGAAGCAUGGCUGGAGGGAGGAAGAGCUUCAGGGUGUUCUUCGUGGAAACCUGCUGCGGGUCUUCAGACAAGUAGAACAGGUGAGAGAGGAAAACAGUGGCCAGAGCCCAGUGGAGGAUGAAUUUCCAAACAGGCAGGUGGGCAAGUCCUGCCACUCCCACCUCCUGACUCGGCCUCAGCACAAACACCUGGCCACACACCAGGCGGGAAACAAGUGGCCAACCAGUCAGGCCCCCCAGAGGCCCUCAAAAGCCUCCCCAAACCUCAUUCUAGGCCUGGUGGCAGCUGCGACUUUUUCAAACCUCAUCCUGUGGCACUAGUGACCUAGAUAGUCCCCCAGAAGUCACUGUGGCAAUGUCUCACAAAGUUCCCCUCCUAGUCCUCCAGGCACAAGCAUAUAUAUGCUGAGAAUAAACAUUUUGGGUACAGA